AUGUCCACCAUCGAGGAACGUACAGCGUACCUAGACAAUCCAUACUUCAAAGGACACAUCUACGGGAACUUUAACCCGUUCUACGUUACAAUCGCCAUCUGCACCGUGCUCGGUGUGUUCAUCUUCGUGCUGAACAUCGUGUGCGGUUGCUGCUCCAAGCACAGGCAGUACUGGCAGGACAGGCAUACGGGAAAUCGGUGGUUAGUCUCAUUUUGGUCAGCUACACCGCAUAAGCAACCGCCGCUGGAUUUGACCGAGCUGAAAGACGCCAGCUACUUCCAACCAGUCAACCCCGACGUUGAACGCCCGGUGGAGUACACCGUGUCACACCAUCGACCCCAGUACCAAUAUCCUCCCGCUUCCGCCCGUGGUGCUUCCCCGCCGGGCCACCACCACCGUGAAGAGUACGUGGAGCUGCAGAAGCGCGAAAGCGACAUUUAA